UUUUUUAAAUACCAGCUAGCUCUUUUGCCCAUCGGAUGAGGACAAAUUAAAAAAUCUGUGGCUGUUGUGUGGCAAACUAACCCGUCUUGCACUUCCAGUAGAGCUUCAGUUGCCAUUUUGGCCGGCAUGGAAGCCGCCGCAAUGCGACCAAACGCUGCUAAUUUUCCGGCGACAUACUCAAUUUCGGCAUCGUCUCUUCAGCCGCAGUCUGCUGCCGGAGUUAGCUUCGUCUUUCCAAAAUCUGUCAGAUUGACUUCCUCCUUUAGGACGCCCAUGAUUGUCCGAGCUUCCGACCCCAAAACUGACCAAGCAAGUCCCACCACUGAUGAACCUAGUCCUCCUUUUCUACCACAGGAGGAUUUGAACUUUUUGGUGAAACUGGGAGUGGGUUCAGUGGCGGGAGGAGCUGUGAUAAAGUAUGGAAGUGUAAUUUUCCCAGAGAUAACAACACCAAAUAUUUCAUUGGCACUCUUUAUGAUAUCAGCGCCCAUGAUUGUUGCCGCUGUGCUUUUAUUUUUGCAAAGCUCAGCAGAUUCUAAAGACUAAUAUUUCAAGUUCAUGAAAUUCUGUAGUUCAUUUUAGUUACUCUGUGCAAUUAAAAAUUUAUUCAUAUA